GACUACCUGGCAGGGUUGUUUUGAAGACAGAAGCGCCACCCAUGCAGGGACUACUGAUAGUAUUUCCGGACGGGCACUGAGAACCGUUUUCCGUGCAGGCUCAGAGUAAAUCACCCGAGGCUGGAGGCUGCAAGCGCUGGGAGGAGAGCAGGGCGGUUUUGGUCCCGCUCCAGAUCCAGCGCUGACUAACCCGGGUCUCCCUCUCUCUUUCCCUUUCAACCACGUUGCAAAGACCUGUUCGCAACUCCUCCCCGCCGGCCUCGGCUCCUCCCUCCUCCUCCUCUAGCCUGGCACGGGAAGGCGAGGGGUUGUCGAGCAAGCGAGAAAGGGAAGAGGAGGAGGCCGAAGUGCCUCGGCGGCCCGAAAAGAGCGGCGCCUCGGAAGGGAGGAAGGAAACCUCGCGGUUGCGCGGAGAGCAAGGGCGAGCGUCGGCGCCGCACGGCCCUUGGCGAAGGAGAAGCAGCCGUCCUCCCCGCUAGCUUAGCCGCGAGAACUUUUCGUCGGGGGAGAAGGAAGGCGAGAGCUCGUCUCCCCCCCAGAGCAGGCGGAGUCCGCCCUCGGUAUUUUCCACCAAAGUGAAUAAAAGCCUGGGAAGCCUGAAGAAACAUUUCUGUCAGAUUAAAAGCACAAAGAAUUGGAUCUUGCCAUUUUUUGGGGGAUACCCUCUGCACUUAAAGUUAUUUUGUAUGACUUGAGGAAGAGGAAACGUUUUAAGAACAGGUUUGGGGACCUGCAUUAUUGUUGUUUUUCUACUUUUUCUCAUAAAAAAUAUUAAUUACGUUUUACAUGGGAUGUUUUGGAUCCCUUAAAUAGCCCCUUUGGUUGAUGAGUGGAAAUCUUGAGCUGACUUAAGCACGUAAAAUACCAUCGCUUUGGUUUUUCCAUCCUCUUGGUGCUUGUUUGUAGGCACAAGUGAAUCUUUGCAAAAUGGACAAAUACGAUGACCUGGGUUUGGAGGCAAGUAAAUUUAUAGAAGAUCUCAAUAUGUAUGAAGCCUCCAAAGAUGGGCUCUUCCGAGUCGACAAAGCGGUUGGGAACAACCCAGAAUUUGAAGAAACGAGGAGGGUUUUUGCUACAAAAAUGGCCAAAAUUCACCUUCAGAAACAGCGAGAACAAGAGGAAUCAGGGGGUACAAAUGGUGGGGCUGGUUUUGGCAUUCAGCAUCAGCUCCCAGGCCAUCCUGUGGCUAGAAGCACUGCAGGAACAAAUAAACUGCAUUCAGGAGAAAAUAUAGCAAAGCCCCCUCUGGCUACACCGUCAACAGUGUGUGCAGGUCAUCAACUUGCCUUCCCAAACCAGCCCCAAGCACAUGCUGAUGGAGAGCGAGCAAAGUUAUACCAAGAUGACAAGCGGUCCAGCGAUGAUUAUGGAUACAGUGAAAGUCUUGGGGGUUCAGACAUUUCUGGAGGACAUAGUUAUCAGAGAGCAGGUCAACUGAACCCAUGUCAUCCUAAGACAUCUUUUUGUUCUCUUUCUCACGAGGAGCCCAAUAACAGUGAUAACCGGGCAAGCCUUCAAAGUUGGGGAAGAGAUGCUGGCAAGUUUUCCAGCCUGAAAUCCAGCAUGGGCCCCCAUUUAUGGUCCAACGUUAAUCAUGACGAGUCAUUGCAGAGAAGUCCUACGAAACUUCAAGCAGAUCUCCAUUCAUACCAGCAGCCACGGAACUCCUACAGGUCUUCAGAAAGUGGGUAUGGAAGUCAGGAAAGCAGUGGCGAAGGCUCAGGGCUUAGCCAAAGCUAUGAGCCGAAUCCAGGUUGCCCGAGAUCGUCUUUCUCUAAGGCCUGUACCCCGUUAACCUCUUCCACUGGGUUUGGUGAUGAGUUGCCUGCGGAAUAUUCGCAGCAGAGGUCUCCGUCAUUCUCUGCACGCCCUUCCAAUCGAUCUGAUGAUUUUAACCCAAGCUGUGGCAUGGAAUUGUGGACUUCUGGUACUCCAAGCAAAAGCAAUGGCAAUAUUCAGUCGAGACAUAGUGACAGUACUCAGCCUUCAGUUUCCGGCCUCCUCCCUGCUCCCCUGCCUCCAAGUGUAGAUUAUCAGCAAACUAACAGUCACCCGAAACCAACAGGUCAUUUUGUAGUCCACGGUCAAAAUCACAGGCUCAAUUGUGCUGGGUCUGGCAUGAGUCCCGAGCAGAACUCCAUCUGCUCAACAUCUCAUGGGCCGAUGAUUUCUGAUGUUCCGAAAUCUCCUUUUAAAGAGGGCACCGGCACUCUGCGGCAUGACUCUGAUCACCAAGAAACCACCGCUUCUGCAAAAAUAAAGCUACCCUGCCAGACACUCCUUCCUCAACAGGAACAGGGACCAUCCACAGCUGAAUUAAAAUUAGAAGCUCUUACCCAGCGCCUGGAGCAGGAGAUGGAUGUUUGUCCAAAGGCUGACUACUUUGGAACCUGCGUGAAGUGCAACAAAGGUGUAUAUGGUGCAAACCAAGCUUGCCAGGCAAUGGGGAAUCUCUACCACGACGGAUGCUUUACCUGUGGGGCAUGUAGUCGGAAGUUGAGAGGAAAAGCCUUUUAUUUUGUUAAUGGGAAAGUGUUUUGUGAAGAAGACUUCCUGUAUUCAGGCUUCCAGCAGUCAGCUGACAGGUGCUUCAUAUGUGGCCAUUUGAUCAUGGACAUGAUUUUGCAAGCUCUGGGGAAGUCGUACCAUCCUGGCUGCUUUCGUUGUGUGAUCUGCAAUGAAUGUCUGGAUGGAGUGCCGUUCACGGUAGACAGUGAGAACAAAAUCUACUGUGUCCGAGAUUACCACAAGGUUUUGGCGCCAAAAUGUGCAGCCUGUGGUCUUCCUAUUCUGCCAAGUGAGGGAUCCGAUGAGACUAUACGUGUUGUGUCAAUGCACAAGGAUUACCAUGUGGAAUGUUACUGCUGUGAGGACUGCAGCAUGGAACUCAACGACGAAGACGGACAUCGGUGUUACCCCCUAGAUGACCACCUGCUCUGCCAUUCCUGCCACCUUAAACAUAUAGAGAAAGGCACAACAACUCAUGCAGAUGGCUACCUACACCAUUUCUAGCCAGUUCUGCCAAACUUCCCAGAAGCCUGCCAAGGGAAGGGUUUUCGCAGCUAUCGUUUUUGAGGUGCGUAUCUCCCUCAGCUGGCAAUUUGCAGCAAGAAGAUGAAGGAAGAGGCUCCCUUUUUUCUUUCUUUUUGGCCUUGUGCAUUGUGUGUGUGGCAAUUGCACACAACAAAGGAUUUUUUUUUUGUUUCGGACAAAAACCAGUAUUAGCUGGAGUGAUUUGUGGCUCCAUGUGUGCUUCUCCCCCCCCCCUUUUUUUUUUUUGCUGAGAGAAAGUGGCGGGAGAGACUGUUUUCUUCUCGAGUCAUUUGGGAGGAAUCUUUAGCAACUAAAAUCACAACGAAUACCCUUUAAAGGACACAAGAAAGUGCCACAAAUAAGUGACAAUACACCUGCUUCUUGUUCUUGUGGCUUCUUGUUCUGAUAGUCACUCUAUGCCAAUCAGGGAAACACAACGUCCAGCCUGCCAGCGAGUCUACAUACUGAGCAGACUCUCGUGCCGUUUUUAAUUUGUGGUGACCGAGAUGUAAUCACCUGCCUUUCCUUACAUUGGUGGAAGUUAUCCUAUUGUCCUAUCCUAUUGCAUGCAGGUUGGAGGGGCUGAUCUGCCCUCACCAUUCGUUUUAGAAAUCCAGCUCUGUUCCCACAGCUCAGCCACCAGCAAGUGUUGUUGUGGAGUAGGAACAAAACAUUGCCACUUAACUUCACAACAGGGAUGGUGAUGAUGAGGUCAUCUCCCGGGAUGCUGCUAUUUGCUAAUCCUCCGCAUGUCAGAUAAAUAAGCUUUUCUGUGAGGAAAAAAUCCGCAGAACAAGGCAAGCCCGAAGAAGAGACAGAUAACAUCAGCAUGCAAAGUGAAGGGUAGAACUGCCACUCCUGUUUUGAAAAACCCCAUAGUUCCAUUGUUGUGGCCAACGAAAAUGUCACAAAAUAGGGAGCCAAGAGUUCACUGUAACUCUUCCAUCAGGCUGGAUAGUAAACAAGGUAGCAGGGGAUGUUAAAAAUGCUGGCUUGUGGCGCAGGUGGCACUGUGGGUUAAACCACAGAGCCUAGGGCUUGCUGAUCAGAAGGUCGGCGGUUCGAAUCCUCGCAAUGGGGUGAGCUCCCGUUGCUCGGUCCCAGCUCCUGCCAACCUAGCAGUUCGAAAGCACGUCAAAGUGCAAGUAGAUAAAUAAGGACCGCUACAGCGGGAAGGUAAACAGCGUUUCCGUGCUGCUCUGGUUCGCCAGAAGCGGCUUUGUCACGCUGGCCACAUGACCUGGAAGCUGUACGCCGGCUCCCUUGGCCAAUAAUGUGAGAUGAGUGCGCAACCCCAGAGUCGGUCACGACUGGACCUAAUGGUCAGGGGUCCCUUUACCUUUAAUGUCUGCAUUGGUCAAAUACUUGUUUUUGUUCUAUCGUCUUAGAAGAGGUUGGCUGCGGAGGCUGUCACGAAGAGGCCUGCACUUCAGAAUUUACUAUGCCACUGGCAUUGCUGUGAAAUAAAUAGUCACAGUGACUCAAGAGCACAAAUUUAAGGUUAGCGCAGCUUGCUGCUCUUAAUAGCCUCACUUUUUUUGAGCACUUGGAACAAUUUGAGUCUGGGUAGAGCUUUAGAGUCUGUUCUACCGGCCACUGCCUGAUUGGGCUGCCAAAUAAUCAGAGAUUAUUUUCAAGACUGUUGUUGUUUAGUCGUUUAGUCGUGUCCGACUCUUCGUGACCCCAUGGACCAUAGCACGCCAGGCACUCCUGUCUUGCACUGCCUCCCGUAGUUUGGUCAAACUCAUGUUCGUAGCUUCGAGAACACUGUCCAACCAUCUUGUCCUCUGUCGUCCCCUUCUCCUAUUUUCAAGACUAGGAUCUUCUAUACUGUUUAGGAAGAAUAGAUUAACACCUGUUUUUUGUCUUGGAACUCCUGUGCCUUAAAUCUUAACUUUUACAAUUUAAAAGUAUGUGUUUAAUACAUUUGACAUGGGCUUUGGAUUGUGUGUGUGUGUGUACUUUAGUUACUAAUUCUUGGGAUAAACUGAAGCAGUUGUUAAUUUAAUUAAUGUUAAUUUUAAAAUGUUUCCCCCAGAAGCCAAGGAGUUGAUCACCCCAAUGCAACCCAACUUACUGAGUGCCAAUAAACUAAUUCUGCA